UAUUUGGGCAAGUGUUGCUUAAUCUGCAUUUUAGAACAUGAUAUACCCACCUUUCGCAUACGAAUCCUCCCCUUCCACAAGCGAACGGGUAUUCAGCGUGGUCAACCCUCAGGAAUUUAAUGUCCCGUGAAACGAGUAUAAUGGCGCCUUGCUGGGUAGUACUUCAUGGUGAUGCUGUCAAAAAAAUAGUAAUAGAAUUUAAUUUAUUUCCGUACGCUUAGUUUCUUGGUUUUAGAAACUAGUACUGCUUAUACUUCUGCGUUGUAGCAUCUUCACUAUAAUUAAAUAUAAAAAUUAGUAAAUAAAUUUAUAGGUUAUUUCAGAUUGUUUUAAGGUUAUAUAAUAUUUUUGCUACAUCAGUGUAAAAUGCUUGUUACUGUUAUAUUAAUAAGUAGAAUCUGAAGAUGGAAAUGUCCGAUGAAGAUGUAAUAGAUGUCCAGGAUCACUGUUCAAAGCUAAAACCAAAGAAGAAGUCAUUGUGUAGCUUAAUGCAAAAGAAGACCAAGGUUGGUUGCCUUUCAGCUGAAUCAGAAGAAUUGAGCUUGCAAGAUAAUAUUCAGAGUAACUUGUCCAUAACACAGAAAGAUAAGAAAGAUGAUUCUAGUACCAUUGUAUCACCAGUUAAGAAAAACAGUAGCACAGCUAAAUCAGAAGACAGUCAAAACAAAGAUGGUUCAAGGGAAGAACAAGAGAUUUGUCGCUUGGGAUCACCAAGAGAUUUUAGCAAUAGUACUAAAUUGUCCCUCUGUUGUGCUAUGACAGAGAGUUCUAGAUCUUUGAAUCAUCAACAUAGUUCUAAUUACCAUCGCAGUAAUAAUACAGAGAGGAGCAAUCAGAAUGAUCAAAGUAUACCAGCAGCUGCAUUUUGUGAUACAGAAGACAUGAACAUAAAAAUGCAAAAUGUAGGUAAAGCCUCAUCUGUUGAUGAGAGAACAUUGUCUGCUGCUUGUUCAAGGGAAGUAGGCACUGAAUCACAUCAGCAGGAGAUUUGUUCUCGAAGUGUGCCUGUUUCGAGACAGCCUUCCCUGAGAAUAUCACACUCUCCUUCACCAAGUGAAGUAUCUUCAUGUGAGUCAACUCCCCCAAUGCAGACACCAUCACAAGCUCAACUUCGGAGUCGUUUGCUAUCGCAUCGCCGCUCAGCUGACAACCUCCUACUUUCCUCGUCUUCUUACCCUUCACCUUCUCUUCGUCACUCGUCUCCUGACUCUAGCCAAAGUGCUCCAGAUCCCAUUCGAGGCUACAAGAAGAGGUCAUCUUCUCAUGAUACCAUGUUGCCUCCACAUCGGAAUGGAAAGGAUGGGAGGGUGUCUGUACCUUUCAGAGGCAGCCAUGGGAACCUUGGUUCUGAGAAUGGUGCUAUUUGUGGCAUUGUUGCAUCCAUGGAUAGCUUGGCUCGGCACUCUCUGCUUGCUGCACAAGUUCUACAUCUCAUUCCCACAACAAAGGCCAGAAAUAGGAAUUUUCUGCAUGGUCGCAUUGCUGUUACAUCUCUGUUAGGUUUAGAAGAACUGGAACGGACUCUUCCACAGCGAGAACUACGGAUCUUUGUGGGUACUUGGAAUAUGAAUGGUCAGACUCCACCACCACAGCUUAAUGACUUUAUGUUGCCUGAUGACCUAGAACAUGUGCCAGAUGUAAUUGCUGUUGGCACUCAGGAGAGCUUCUCAGAACGAUUUGAGUGGGAGGUGAGCAUCCAGGAGACAGUGGGCCCAUCACACCUGCUUCUGCACUCAGCCACUCUGGGAACAAUUCAUCUAGCUAUCUUCAUUCGCAGGGACCUGCUCUGGUUCUGUUCAGUGGCUGAAGAUUCAAGCUUCAGUGUAAGACCUGGAACUGCCUUCAAGACCAAAGGUGCAGUAGCUAUUGGAUUCAUGGUUUUUGGCACGUCCUACCUAUUUAUCACUGCACAUCUCACUGCUCAUCUUGAUAAAGUGAAAGAAAGGAUUCAGGAUGUCAGGAGGAUUGUUCGAUCUCUUGACUUACCUAAGCAGCUGCCUGUCCGUCACAAGAGCAAGGAUGUGACACAGAAUUUUGACUGUGUAUUCUGGUGUGGUGACCUUAACUUCCGGUUAUUACAACCUCGAGAUGAAGUGGUUCAGUGGGUAGCAGAGCAGAGAUUUCCUGUGCCUCAUCCUCUUACUCUUCAGAGUGACCAAUUGCGUAACAGCCGCAUUGAAGGCUCAAUAUUCCGGGACUUUGAAGAAGGUCCUAUCACUUUUCCACCUACUUAUAAAUAUGAUCCUGGGACCCAGCGGUUUGACACCUCGCAUAAGCAACGUGCCCCUGCCUAUACUGACCGCAUACUAUUCAAGUCAAAGGGUUCAUCCCAUCGCCGUGAUUUGUCUGGCAGUACCAGCGUGGGGCUUCUAGAAUGUCUAAUGUAUACAUCUGUACCCUCCAUAUGCACAUCAGACCAUAAGCCUGUGUGGGGGCUGUAUCGCAGUACUGUGCGUCCGGGAGUAGACACAAUUCCGCUCGCAGCUGGUCUCUUCAACCGUGAAGUAUAUCUUGAAGGCAUUAGACGGCGAGCAGCUGCAAUGGACAAACGGAAAGGAAAAUCAACCAUUUGUUCUAUUCAGUGAAAAUGAUCUUGCACACCAGUACUGUGCAGUCAACUUCUUCUAAAUAAAUAUGAAGGGUAAAUUUAGGAGCUGAAGGAUCUGUUUUAAGUAGUUGUUAAACUAUGACAUAGGUGCCUGCUUGUUUGUAUUCCCAUGAUUUUAGUUACCUGUGUUAGCAAUUUUGCCAUAGGUAAAUGUGAUCAAUAUUAAAGAGUUUUUCUUUUUUCCACUGAUCCCUUACAUUGGUAAAGUGUAAAUUGUUAUUUCAUGAGUUCAUUAUAUUUUCAGAGCCUGAUUUAUGAUGGGAAAGAAAUUUUGAAAUUUUCUGCUGAUAUGUGCUAAAUUAAAGUACAGUAAAAUUUCUGUUUUCAUAUCUUAUCAUCAUGUGCAUAUGUAAAGUUGAAAUUUACCAUGUCACAUCUUUUUAUUUGCAGGAACUUCUUCCACGUUAUUUAUACAUAUAGCAUCACUAUUGGGUAACUUCUCCAUUUUUAUGGCUUUUUAAAUUGAUAUCACAAUGAAAACAAACCCUACUAAAUGUUUCAACUUGUAAUACAAUGUACCAUGAUAUUACAUUUGCAGCUGUAUGUACUUAUAACUUUGGUGAUGACUUUCCUUGAAAAUAAUGGUGCCACAUUGUCAGCUGUGAUGUUGGUCGUUCUGUUUCUUGCAUGAAGGUAGGCCUCACUUCAAAUGUCCUGAGAUGGUAAUUCUUCACUGUAAAUUUUGAAGUUGACCACUAUGUUAAAUUAUAUUGAUAUUUAAAGUUCUGCACAAGUAAAACUUGAAAUUAUUUUUUGGUUAAAUGCUAAUUCAAGGCACAUGAAACUAAAGUAAUUGGACCGUAUUUAUAUGGAAGUGUGGUAGGACUGCAUAGGUCAUAUCUUUCAAGGUAACACAUGAGAGAUAUUAUGUUGCUGAAGUCUAUGCUCCUGUUGUGAACCAGGCUUUAAAAGGUGUGUUUUACCAAAAGACACAAAAUAAUAAGUAGUUUAACGUAGGCCUACUCUUAACAUUUUUCUUGCCAUAAGCAUUGUAGUAAAUGGUAUUUGCAGCAUGAGUUUGAAAUGUCCUUUUUUGUGUGUGUUUCUUGGGUAAUAUUCAAUUAAAGUGGUUAAUAAAUGUAAAGAUUCAGCAGACAUAAAAUGAGAAAAGCAGUCAAAAUAUUACAUUAUAUGAACUCUCUCAGUGGUCACUGGUAAAUGAGAUUGUCAUAAUGAUAUGUUGCACAUAUGGCCAGAUUUACUUUCCAACAUUGUUGUGCUACUCUAGUAUUUAUGAAAUGUUCAAAAGUGACAUAUUUUAUAUAUAAGAUCCUUUUAUAUAAUUGUAGGUUUAAUUGACUCAUGUUACUUUAGGUAUAUAUUUAUAAUGAGAUGGGAAUUUUGUCAAUGUGAUACUGCAAUAAUUUUCCACAAACUGUUAUUGUAUUGUGUAGGGCUGCCAAUGCUCUUUGUGAUUACUCUUGUAAAUCUAAUAUUUUCUUACUGAUAAAGGCUUGUAUGAUUUGAUUAUAUUACUUUGUUACCAGACACACAUCACAAAGAACAGGUAACUUAAUGUGGGAAAGUCCUAUGUUAUUACAUGCUGACAUGCAAGACUUUUUUUUCUCUAUUUAACUUUUUCAAAUUUGGGUGCUUAUUAUAAUGGGCAAAUAUGAUAAAACGUGGACAUAGUUCAUACGUUUAGUUCUGGAACCAAUAGUCCCUUUUGUACUUGGAAACAUCAAAUGUUAUUUAAAGAAAUUUAUAAUGCAUUGAAACUGCAUUUCUGUAAAAUUGCAUCAGAUUUAUAACUUGUAGUGAUUUGUUGUUGUUGUUUUAUAAUUAUUAUUUGGAUUUUCUAGAUUCCUGUAUGGAGAAUCCAUGUCAGUAACAUCAAGUUAUUGCCAUGUGUUAGGAUUGACAAUCCUGAACAUAAAUGUUUCCUUUAACUAACCUGGAUGCUUUUCUUAAAUGUCUGCAUUACCACAAGAAACAAUGUAAUUUAAAUUUCUGCAAGUAUUUUGUAGAUUCUUAUUUUGCUGAAUUUUUCCAUUUGCACCCAUUGUUCAAAAUGUGUAUCCCAAGUCAGUCUCCUUCUGUUGUGCCAUUCCAUACAGUGCAAGUACUGACUUUGAAUUUCUUUGAUGUAAUAAUCUUGUCACAAACUUGUGUAUAUGUAGGAAUUAUAUAACUUCAUAUAUAUAGUGUUCAUAUUUUGUUCCUUGUAAAUAUUUAUUGUAGUAGCUGAGUGUUUUCAUCCACGAGAAAAUAAAAUGUUGGCAGUGUUUUCGUUCA